AUGUCCAACUCAACCGCGAGCUACCGCCAGCGGAAGGAGGACUUUGUGUCCAACCUUUCCGGCGGGCCCGUUAGCGAGAUAUCCAAUGUGACAGCUAUCGCCACGGUAGCCAUGGUUCUCUGGUCUGUUUUGCAGGCACGCCAGUCGUUCUUCAAGCCCUACACCCUGCUGGGGUUCGUGGUCGACUUUCUGCUCAACGUCGGGGCAAUCCUCCUCGCCUUUACUCUGCACUCUGGCUCACCUACCUUGUUGCACCUGUUUCUGCUGGCCCCAGCCGUGCUGAUCUAUGCAUUGCCCCCGAACCUGGGCGGCAGCAGAAAGAAGCCCAAGCUGCCCCCCAAUGCCGCUUCCAAGGCUUCUGGGACGGAGCCCCUGAACGUCCUGUCUAUCAAACCCUACAUCACCACUUAUCGCGGCUGGAUGAUGGUCAGCACCGCGAUCGCCAUCCUUGCUGUGGACUUCAAGGUCUUCCCCCGCCGCUUCGCCAAGGUCGAGACAUGGGGUACGUCACUGAUGGACCUCGGCGUUGGCUCGUUCGUCUUCUCGUCUGGCGUCGUCGCGGCCAGGCCAGUCCUCAAGGAACGCGCUAGCGGCAAGACCACACCGCUCAGCAAACGCCUCGUCGCUUCCUUGCGCCACUCCCUGCCCCUCCUCGCUCUCGGCUUCAUCCGCCUGCUGAGCGUCAAGGGCGUCGACUACGUAGAGCACGUCGCCGAAUACGGCGUGCACUGGAACUUCUUCUUCACCCUGGGCCUCCUGCCCCCCUUCGUCGCCGUCUUCCAGUCGAUGCUCAAGAUCGUGCCCUCGUACGCCGCCCUUGCCUUGCUGCUCGGCGUCUUCUACCAAGUCGCCCUCGAGAGCACGGGGCUCAAGGCCUACAUCCUCACGGCCCCGCGCGUCGAUCUGAUCUCGAUGAACCGCGAGGGCAUCUUCAGCUUCGUCGGGUACCUCGCCAUCUUCCUCGCCGGCCAGGACGCCGGCAUGUUCGUCCUGCCCCGCAGCCUGAACCCAAACAGCAAGGAUAAGGGCGCCACGCAGCGCCUCACGACGCUCAUGAUGACCGGCGUGUGGGCCGCCGUCUGGACGGGCCUGUACUUGCUCGCCACCGACGUGCGCUGGGGCGCGGGCCUCACCGUCUCGCGCCGCAUGGCCAACCUGCCCUACGUCCUGUGGGUGGCGGCCUUCAACCUCGCGCAGAUCCUCGCCUGCGCCGCCGUCGACACCUUCUUCUUCCCGGCCUUCUACAACGCCGCCGACGGGCGCGCCGAGCGCGAGGCGUACGACGCGGCGACGAGCAGGGUGCUGCGCGCGUACAACCGCAACGGCCUCGCCGUCUUCCUCGUGGCCAACCUGCUGACGGGCGCCGUGAACCUGACGGUGCCGACGCUGGACGUGGGGCCCGCGGUGGCGAUGGGCAUCCUGGUGGCGUACGCGCUGGUGCUGACCGUCUCUGCGGUGGGCUUGGACAUGUAUGAUAUUUCAAUAAAGCUGUAG